AUGGGUUACGAUUGUCUUUGUGAAGUCUGGAAAGCCGACGAAUUUCGAUGUCGUAGUUUUAGCGGGUUCUGGUAUGCGCGAUCGGAACCCUUUGUCAGUACAAUCGUCGAGUAUUAUCCUGGCAGAAGCAAGCAAGGAACUUCAGUGACUGGCGAAUAUAUCAUUCUCCAAUCAUGGAAGUUUCAUGCCAAAAUUCCAAACUCUCCUUCUCCUACCCGCAAGCCAGAUUCGGCUCUGUACAGUCGUGUAACCUCACAAGUCUCGGACGAACAAUCGCGGAAGCAACUUUCUUUCGAGCAGUUGAGACGCUCUUCGCCGACCGACUAUGCACGCAGAAGGCCCGUAUUCGAUCGUGAAGCGGUUAUGCGACGGGAAUGCGAACGAGAGACGUUAACGAGUAUUGGACUUGUCCAAGCCAGCAUUUGCAUUCGGUCCAUAAUGGAUUCACAUUCAGAAUCGAGAUGGCGGAGAUUUUCCGGCGGACCCAGAAAACGACGAAGUACGGCCGACGUUUGUAUGGAUUCCCAUCUUUCAGGAGGGAUGAUAUAUUUCGGAGUCGUUGGUCUCAGCUUUUUGUUUAGCAUUAUGCUGGGGCAGUGGUGCCAAUGGACGCGGCCCAGUGUCGACAGUGUCCAUAUUGCCAUCUUACUGUGUACACAUCUGGCCGUGUACUCGGGGUGCAUGUGCUAUGCAGGCACACGGCAGGGGUUUGACGAUACAAACCGUAUUGUCGGUAUUGGCGUCCAGGGUCAAGGUACUGCCUUGAGAAGCUCCGGUGCAUACCGCGAACUAGGUACCUCCUCAACACUCGGAUGGGACGGCUUGAGCAUUAGUGUACCUUGGUCAAUACCUCUGAAGCCUGAGGAGGUUAAGUACCAAUUGCGAGCCGAGCCUCUGGGUACACAAAGGACCAUAAUGUCUGAUUUGGAUUUCGAAAAGAAGACAGUCAUGGAUGGCGAAUGA